GCUGUAAAAGUUAAUAAACAGCGUACAGGGUUUCGGUUAAAAGUCCAUAAGAGCUGCUGUGCGUAAUAGAUCAACCAUUGAUACCUUAACAUAAGACGGAAUGGCGAAAGGCUGCGACUAUAGUCCAACUGUGAUGUGUGAAACUCAGCGAAAAGUCCAGGUCACCGACGUUCUCUGACCAGUGAAAGAGUCAGAAAUACGAGGAAAACUCACGAGCCAAUGGCUGCCAAGUGGAACGAGGCAAUCAACCGAUCGCCUGGUCUAAAAUACGAGAGUAUAUAACUGCAGUAUCCAGGGUGUAUGUACUUUGUUGGCAGUGAAUUGGGUUCAUCUCGAACUAUCCAGUGAUCAUAGGCGCGACGCGUCGAGGGUAUGGCUUCUCCUGUCUUCAUUCGGGCUUGGCUGGCCGCAUGGCUUCUGGGGGCGACAAUGGCGGUUUUACCUUCCUAUAUCGUGCCGUGCAGAAGAUCUAACCCGACUUUGGACCAAUGCAUCACUGACACCAUUGAAAGCCUCAGGGAGCGGCUUGCUGAUGGGAUUCCCGAACUUGGAGCACCGGCAUUGGAACCUCUUCAGUUGGAGAAUGUUCGAUUGUUACGGGGUCCCGUAGGCGCGAGGCUCGAUGUUAAUUUAACUAACAUGGAGGUGAGAGGCCCUUCGACGUUCAAGGUUCACAACCUUAAGUCGAAUUUGGACAAGAACAGUUUUACCUUCAGGGUCGCGUUCGACAGGCUCACUUUUCGGGGUAAAUACCAAAUGGAUGCAAGGGUGCUGCUUCUCAGGUUGGCAGGGAAAGGAGAUGUCACUGGAAACUUUACCGGUUACUCAUCGGACGUCGUGCUACGAGGGCACAAAGUCGUGCGGGACGAAGUUGAAUAUUUGAAUUUCGAGAGAAUGAAGCUAAAAAUCAAAAUUGGGGAUGCCAAAAUACAUCUGAGCAACUUAUUCGGAGGAGAUCCGAUACUGGGUCCAGCGACCAACGAAAUAUUGAACACAAACAGUGCGGUGUUCGUUGAAGAAUUGAAGCCAGUUUUAGAGUCUUCAUUGGCCGACCUGUUCACUGAUGUCGCCAACACGGUUACAACAUCAUUCACGUACAAAGAACUAUUCCCCGAAGACUAGCAUAAAUAAUAAUGAGCAAAGAAAAUACCAAUGUUUAAACUAACCUGACUUUUCCCCAUUAAAAUUGUUUCUAUAGUUUUAAAUUUUUCGUGCUAAAAAUUAAUAGUAAGAGAUAUCUAUUAACUACUCUUUCUGAAAUAAGACUGUAUAAUUUCAAUCCCCAAUGCAUCGAAUGAUUGAUCACUUUUAUCGAUGUCAUCAAUUACCUUGAAAUUGGAGGUGAGGGUGAAAAAUCGAGUUG